AUAGUAUUGAUUUUUCGUUUGACAAGUCGGCGGAAAACAUCGUCUGUUUUCUAAUCGUAAAUGGAUUAAAAUAAUUCGCAUUCUUUGAGAAUUUUUAAUUCGAAUUGUGUUUAAACUUCGAAAUGAGUGAAUUAAGGCACCGGGGAGGCGAAGGUGAUAGAAACGAUAAAGCGGAGACCGCUGGAGAAUCUGACCAUGUCGAUUCGGAGGAAGAAAAGGUUUUGGAAGAGAAGUAUGUAGACGAUUUGGCGAAGAACCUGCCCCAAGGAACGGAUAAGACCCCUGAAAUUCUGGACUCUGCUCUUUCGGGCCUGUCUUCGAGAUGGCGAAAUUGGGUGAUCCGUGGCAUCUUCACUUGGCUGAUGAUAGGAGCCUUCUGCCUCCUUAUCUAUGGAGGCCCUCUUGCAUUGAUGAUUACGGUGCUCUGCGUGCAAGUGAAAUGCUUCGAGGAGAUCAUCAACAUCGGGUACGCGGUGUACCGGGUGCACGGGCUGCCGUGGUUCCGCUCGCUCUCCUGGUACUUCCUGCUCACAUCCAACUACUUCUUCUACGGAGAGAACCUCAUCGACUACUUCGGAGUUGUGAUUAAUAGGACGGACUAUCUCCACUUCCUGGUGACGUACCACCGCUUCAUCUCGUUCAGCCUGUACUGCGUGGGCUUCGUGUGGUUCGUGCUGUCGCUCGUGAAGCGCUACUACAUGCGCCAGUUCAGCCUGUUCGCGUGGACCCACGUGGCGCUGCUCAUCGUGGUCACGCAGAGCUACCUCAUCAUACAGAACAUAUUUGAAGGCCUAAUCUGGUUCAUAGUGCCGGUGUCCAUGAUCAUCUGCAACGACGUGAUGGCGUACGUGUUCGGCUUCUUCUUCGGCAAGACGCCGCUCAUCAAGCUCAGCCCCAAGAAGACGUGGGAGGGCUUCAUUGGAGGCGGGUUCUCCACUGUCGUCUUUGGACUUGUGCUAUCGUACAUGAUGUCCCAAUAUCCGUACCUGGUGUGCCCGAUCGAAUACUCUGACUCCCUGGGCCGCAUGACGAUGGACUGCGAGCCCUCGCCGCUGUUCCGCCUCCAGGAGUACACGCCGCCGCAGUUCGCGCAGCCUCUCAUGAAGAUCUUCGGCAUGGAGAAACUCACAAUGUACCCGUUCAUGAUCCACUCCCUCGCGCUGAGCAUAUUCAGUUCCGUCAUCGGACCGUUUGGAGGGUUCUUCGCAUCUGGGUUCAAGCGGGCUUUCAAGAUUAAGGACUUUGGCGACGUGAUCCCCGGGCACGGCGGCAUCAUGGACCGCUUCGACUGCCAGUUCCUCAUGGCCACGUUCGUCAACGUGUACAUCACCAGCUUCAUCCGCACCGCCACGCCACAGAAACUGCUGCAACAGGUAUACAACUUGAAACCGGAGCAGCAGCUGCAACUGUUCUACGCGCUGAAGGAAUCGCUGGAGAACAGGAACAUCCUCAACAUGGUGCCGUAAGGUGCUAGGCUCACAAGGUACAGACAGUCACGUCUAGAUAUAUCGAUACAGUAACUUAAUAUCAUCAGGGUAUCCCAGAACUACCACGUCCCAGUAACACCGGAGGUAGGUCAAGAGGAACCUAACCAGCCUAACAUGAUCCCAGUAAAAGUUGCACGGUUUUCGAGUUAUUUUACCUUUAAAAAUGUUAAAACAAAGGGGAAAAUUCUCUAAUAACUCGAAAACCAUGCAACUUUUCUGGGAUUGGCUGGUUAGGUUCCUCUUGAGUUAACCUACCUCCGGUGUCACUGUGACGUGCUAGUUCUGGAUCAACCUGUAUGUAUGGUCAAUAAGGUCGUGUAGGUACACAUUUUUUAGCACUUUGUCCGUAUCGAUAUUUUCGUGACUGUAUACCAGUUAGUACUAUUUGCUUACGAAGAUAGCGCAGUUGCACUGAGUUGAAGACCUCAGCGGUUUUGUAAGGCAUUCUAAAGGAGAUUUUUUUUGUUUUGUUUAAAGACGAAGUCGUACUUUGAUCUAUUUUUUUUUCCAAUUAGCCUUCCAGCAUUCUUUGGUGCCAACAUUUUUAAGCCUAUUUUCGUGGCGCGCUGAAGUUUAAUUAGGUAAUAUAUGUAUUCAUUUAUUAACUUUGUUUGCCUAAACAACGCACUUUUUCAACCAGCGCAAAACUGCUUGGAAGGGAACAUAUCCGGCUAUGUACCUCGAGAGGAAAGCAUACAUUUUGUUCUAGUCUCAUAAUUGUAAAAUCAUUUGCCUUGAACAAAUACAUUGCGUAAAAUUGUUGACCAAAAUUGUUUUAACAGAGACUUUGCAAGGCAAGCGAUACAUACAAUUAGUUAAAUAAAAGUAUAUAAUAUUGGCUCUCCUAAAGUAUAUGAUAAAUCGAUAAAAAUGAUAAAAAAAAUAAUAGAAUUAAUUCUAGAUGUAAUAGAGAAUAUUAUUGUUAAGCCUUGACACAUUACCUAUCCUAUUUAUCUUAUGUAUUAUCAAAUUUAAGGCGAUGGUACGUGGCCCCACUUAAAAAAUAAACAUUGGAAGGCAAUAUCGCCUUAAGGGUUAAACAUGUUAAAAUGUAACAACAAAUGUUUGGUUCGUUUAACACUGCAGUAUUAUUACGGUAACUCCUAUCACUUCACUCAUGCAAUACCUCGAUCCUUAUGAUAAAAGUCACAAAGACACUAGUACCUAUGAUAAAUCCGCAUGUUGGUAAUUGCAACACUGGCUAAUCUAGCAUUAGUGAUGCUGAUGUCAAUGAACCUAACAAUAUGGUCAUAUGUUUUGAUAUAUCAACUGCGAGUUAUAGGCCAAGGUACGCUAAUUCCACAGUCUCUGGUCUUUACUUGAUUCCAAUCGGUUGUUUUAUAAAUUUUAUAAUAUCUGCUACAGAUGUAGUGCAUAAUAAAAUUGUGUCGCUUAAUUUCAAACUCAGGCAAAUCCAUUCGACCCUCUCAGCAAGUAUGUACCCUAAUACAAAAACCGCAUAAUCUGACAGAUGGAUCAACCCGAGUUUGAGAUUAGGCGACUCAAUUGUUUUUCAUCGUAUUUGUCAUGCCACUUCAGAUAACUUUUUGUACCGAGACUGACUGAAAUAGCAAGACACGAUCGUACGUUUCCGUGAAAAUACGAUGGAAAAUAAUAAUUAUGCACUACAUCUGUAGAGACACUAUGGCCUUGCAUCUUCGUGGAAAUAGGUUCAGAAGAGCGAAACGUGAAACUUAUACUAUUAGUUAUUUUAGUAUGUUGACGCAGCGGAUAAGGAUAUCAUUGUAAUUUGUUAUGGAACAUACAGAAAAUACUCCUGACUCCAAAUAAAUCACUUACAGUAAUAUUCAUAUCCAGCAUCGAAAUAUAAUAGGGUUAAAAAUUUACUCUAAAGUCUAUGUGUUAUCUCGAAAUAUAAUUUUAAGGUAUCCUAAAAAAUAAUAAGUAGAUUAUUAUAAAUAUGUCUACUAUAGUUAUUAUUUACAUGUUUCUGAUCUUGAAAUUGUUAGCUUUGUUACUUUAUUCAAGAUAAUAAUAUAAUAGUAUCUUAAUUUUGUAUAAUUACUAAUUGCAUUAUCCUGUAUAAAAUGUUAUUUUACGAAAGAUAGUGACCGAUGGAGAAGGGUAUUUUUACCAAUCAAAAUUUGUCAGCAGGUUUUGAUCAUAUAUUGUUAUAUUAUUAUUUGAUUAGUUCCUUAUAUUUUUGGUGAAUAAGACAGGGAAUCUUUGCAUUUCUUUCUUCGCUGACUGAUAUUUGAUAUGACUGCAUAUGUGCUAAAGUUUUUGAACAUUUACCUGUGGUUAGCAUACUGAGUUUAACUUUAGAGGUUCCGUCCCUCAUAAAAAAAUCUUCUAAGAAAAUAUGUCUGUGGUUGCUUGCAUCUUAAUAUUACCAUAACUCUUUACUUACAUCUAUUUUACAAUUACUGGUUUGAGUAAACUUCACCUCUUGGGGUUCAAUGCCCUAAUACUAGUACAAAUUACCUGCAAUGAAAAAAUCCUUAUUAAGUGGAACAGAGUUGCUUUUGUUUUGUUUUGUUUGAUUUGAAGCAAAGCAAAAUCAACUCUAUUUUCUAAUACAAUUAAUUCAAAUUGGCCUGGCAAUUUUUCUUAUAUGGUGUGCCGCUAGAAGUAAAGACAUAUUUUCUAAAAAUGACCGAAAAGAAAUCAUCAUCAUUCCUAUGUUAAUAUUUAGUAUGCUAACAGACUUUGUACUUUCUUUGACAAAAUAUACAAAACAAAAAUUCUGAAUUAUAUUUAUUAAUAUUGAUCGGUAACGGAAUUAGGUUAUUGGCGGAGAUGGUUUAGGUAUAAUUAUAAUUGCAUAUUGUUAGUAAAUUACUUUCGUUUUUCUUAGGACUUUUUCGUGUUAUGAAUACGUUACACUCAUGUUUCUCAAAUAGAUUGUUAGGUCUUAAGAUGUAUUAACUUAAAAUGCUAUCCUAUUAUAAUGUUGUAAAACAAAAUGACUAUGUCUCAAAACAGUACUGAUGUAAAAUUAUAUAUGGACCUUUAUUGGUUAUACGAUUUUUAGCAAUUAUAAUUUCAUCUGGGUACUUUACCUUAGAACAGCGGUCGGCAACCUGCGGCCCGCGGGCCGCAUGCGGCUCGUGAACCUAUCACUUGCGGCCCGAGUGCCGCUUUGGCUAUUUUGUAUGUAAUAGUGACAGACGACAAUGUAUGAGACAUUGAUAUUAACAAAGUACGGCCCGCGUCACCUCCGUUAACUACUAUGUGGCCCUUGGCUGCUAAAAGGUUGCCGACCGCUGCAUUAGAAGAUGGUGAAAUUAUUAUUUCCUAUAUAAAUAAUACAAGUCGUCGACAAUAAGUUGUCAUUGUCAUUUUUUUUUGUAAGUUUUAAUGGUGUUAUAAAUGUAACACCAAGGGUCUCCAUAAAGGGUUGAAUAGUAAAUUAAUCGUUAUGCGAGAGUUAUUCCGCAGAAACACUGGCAAUGUCGCCAAUUCACCUUAUGAGUUAGCCAGUAGCGUACAGUAAAAUGAAGAUACAAUGUCAAUUUUUACAGCUAUAUCAAUACAUUUUAUUUUACCUAUGACAUAUGUUAUUAUUAUUAAGGGCCACCCCACAUUUAUCGUCUUUCGAGCGUUGGCGUCUACAACUCUAUAUAGCCGCUGCUCGACGCAACGUCGGAGCAACUGCGCAGUGACGUCAUUUUCCAUAGCGCUGACCAGACGCCGACGCUCGAAAAACGCUAAAUGUGGGAUGGCCCUAAAUGUACUGAAAAAUACUGUUAAAAGAUUGACUAUUAUCCUCUUUUUACUAUUUUCAAACAUUUAUUAUUAUUUAGGCUAAAAAGUCUUUGGUUGCGUAUAAUAUAAAUACCAGCAUACGUUUUAAAUACGAUGUCGCUGGAGACUAUAUAAUAGCUUUAGGUAGCAAAUCUGGCUUGCUUUAGAAAAUUAGAUAUAUAUACUUGUUUCUCGCCGACAGGUAGACUGUUAAGUUUGGUGAUGUUUUUGUGAUUUUACGUUAUGUUGAGUUUUGCUUAUUUUCGCUAGCUGUUUAGAUGUGUGUUGUCGUUGUAUAUGCUAACCUUUGGAAAACUAGAAUAUGAAGAUAUGUACACUCAUAUAUCCAUAAAUGCAUAAUAUUCAUAAACGUUUUCCAAAAACUAAUUAUUUAUUUUGGCUUUAGCUUCACUAAUUUUGUGCAAGUUAAAUUAAAUAGUUAAGUACCUAAUAUUACUAAUAUUAGUUUGGAAUGUACCUACGAAUAUAUCUAUUCUAUAGGAAAGGAUUUUAGAAUAUGCUUCCUCGUCUGAACGAGGAAUUAUUCUGUGACAUGGCCGAAACACAAUACAUAGGUAUGUGUUGCAAUUCUUUUUAUUGGUUGAUGUAUUCCAGAAUUAACAUUGUAAUGUUUUUUAUUGUACUGAUACAUAAAGCGACCUUUUUAACUUUUGUAACAAAAAAGUAACAGACUUGAUUUUCACAUUAAAGUACCUUAGAUGUAUUUAUUGUAAUUUAGAUAGUAGGUAUAUUGCUACUGUACCUAGUUGAAUUUUCUAAUUUAUUUUUCUCAGAAUGUAAAAUAGAUUUUACUCAUACUCACCUGUAUAUAUAUAUGUAUUUUACUCACCUAUUUUUUAUUGUAUACCUAUUCUAGCGUAUUCCGUAUGAAAAUGAAAGUCGUGCUGUUAUAGCAUGCAUAGUUGUUAGAUCUGUAUGUUGGAUUGAUAAUGAUGAUGAUGUAUUUGUUAAGUAAUUGGGUGUCUCCAUACGGGUUCAGAGUAUUUAUAGUAUUUGUGGAACUAUCUCGUUAUAUAAAUGGUAAAUUUUAAUUGUCAGGAUAAAUUAAGUACCUAUCACUUAAUAUUUUGAUACACGUUAUGCCUUAAUUUUCGUGAGUAUAAAAAUUGUCCCCCCCCCCUUUACCAAAUAUUUGAAAUAAAUAUAUAGCUAUUAAUAAACCAGUAACAGUGUGCGUUCAUCAAAGACUAAAGCGAGGUGUAGACAAUUUACGUACACUGCUGACUACUAAGGUAAACCAUCAAAAGUUUGAUCAGAUACCGCAAUGUAAUGAAAAUUGCAUGCACGUUCUUGUUAGUCAAAACUUUGCUUUACACCAUUUGCUUUGCAACUGCAAGCUCAAUGCUAAGGGCCGGUACAGACGGACUGCAAGCCGACUGCAAUUUGUAUGGGAACUGCACGCCAACUGCAACGUCCUAAAAUGUUGCUCGAACGCUUAAACAUGCGUUCAGGGCAAUGAAUAAAGUCCGGCGAUUGACCAAGGAUUGCAAUCCUUUUGUCGAUGCGUUUUAUUUUAUGAGCAAUUCUCAAAAAGUUUGUACAUUACAUUACAUUAUUCCAAAUGUGUAAGGAAAUCUGGUAACAAAAAAGGAAUGUUUCUUAGAAACUUUCUGGGACAUUUUGGGAAAUAUGGUGGAAGGUGUUCAGCUUCACGUACUUUACCAACAUACCAAUUUUUAUAGAAAUUUAAGAUCGAAUUUAAACUGUUGUGAGACAUACUAACAUUGAAUAAAUCAUUGAAAUCUAAGAUGUGAUCGAAAUGCACAAACUGUUUGAGAAUUGCUCUAAUUUUGCAAAAAUGUUGCCACUGUCUACUGGAUGUUUAAAAAAGCGGUGGAACUCAAUUUACACAAAACACGACCUCAGGCUUGCUAAUUCGAAUUACCUAUUAAGUUAAAUCUUAAACGAAUUAAUUGGAAUUAUUAUAAUAAGUAAAUUCUAUUAAAUGUUAUAAGGUCACUUGUAAGUCUAUUGUAAACUUAUUAUACUGAUGUAAUUGGUGUCUGUCUGUGUAGUUUAGACAUUAAAUUAUUUAUUGUUUGUCUUUAUUGUAUUGCGAUGAAGCAAAUAAAUGGAUUCCUUAAA